AGCGCCGCCUCCUUUCCCUCCGCUUCCAUGUUGCUGGCCGCGGCCGCCGCUGCGGUUAGACGGUAAUCGGGGCCCGCCGCCAACGUCGCCUCUGCCGCCUCCAGCUCCCCGCCCGCCGCCAUGUCCGUGGUACCGCCCAAUCGUUCCCAGACGGGGUGGCCCCGGGGGGUCAACCAGUUCGGGAACAAAUACAUCCAGCAGACGAAGCCGCUUACCCUGGAGCGCACCAUCAACCUGUACCCUCUGACCAAUUACACUUUUGGCACCAAGGAGCCCCUUUAUGAGAAGGACAGCUCAGUGGCCGCUCGAUUCCAGCGCAUGCGCGAAGAGUUCGAUAAGAUUGGAAUGAGACGUACGGUAGAAGGAGUGCUGAUCGUUCACGAGCAUAGGCUGCCCCAUGUGUUGCUAUUGCAGCUUGGAACCACCUUCUUCAAGCUACCUGGAGGGGAACUCAAUCCAGGGGAAGAUGAAGUGGAAGGACUCAAACGCUUAAUGACCGAGAUACUGGGACGUCAAGAUGGAGUCCAACAAGACUGGGUCAUUGAUGAUUGCAUUGGUAAUUGGUGGAGACCCAACUUUGAACCUCCACAAUAUCCUUAUAUUCCAGCACAUAUCACAAAGCCUAAAGAACAUAAAAAACUCUUUUUGGUUCAGCUGCAAGAAAAGGCUUUGUUUGCAGUCCCCAAAAACUACAAACUGGUAGCGGCGCCAUUGUUUGAAUUGUACGAUAAUGCGCCGGGGUAUGGACCCAUCAUUUCCAGCCUUCCUCAGCUUUUGAGCAGGUUCAAUUUUAUUUACAACUGAAUUCUUGAGCAGUGGAAGAGUGGUUAAAGAAGCCGUCUCUGUGAGCACAGCUAUAAAACGUAGAAGAAUAAACAUAAGGCAAUGGUUUUUUUUUCUUCUUUCUUCCCAGUCUGACUUUCUAUUAUUUGAAUAGUAAACUAAAUCUGAAGAAUUGUUCUAAAUAGUGAUGUAAACAAAUGUGAUAGUGUUUUAUUCACUCUGGUUCUCCCCUCACUUUUUUUUGUAAAACAUUAAACAAAAUGGAUCUAUUUCUCUUUGUAUUUUUUUUUUUACUUCAUUUUAGAAUGUUGUCUUAAAAUCUUACUUUGAAAGGUCACAGUUUUCAUUUUCUUCUAGGCUAGUGGCAUUUGGAUUCAAUGUAUAAUAGUUUAUAAAACCAUAUGUAGUGUGGGCAUUCAAAACCAUUAAAACAUUUUACUACAGAAUAAAUUGCAAUGUCAAAGUGGAGGCCAAAAUUUGGGUCCUCAUUUCACAUCUCUACCCCACUGAGAGGUAUUUUGGUGUGCUAUUGAGGUUAAAAACACGUGUUACUCAAUGACGCCUUGUUCCUUAUGCUUCGGUUAAAAAGAAAAAUUGAUUAAUAGACUAAACUCUACUAGAUUGGAAGAACCUUGAGUGUAGGGAUAGUGUCUACCUACUCUAUUGUACCCUCCCAAGCAUAUAGUCCAGUGCUCUGCCCCUAGUAAAUGCUCAGUAAAUAUCACUGGUUGAUUAAUGUUGGUAUUUUGUUGGUAUUUGUUAAGCGCUUACUAUGUGCCGAGCACUGUUCUAAGCGCUGGAUUAGUGAUAUGACCUUUGAUAAGAUUUGUAGGAAGCCUUUAAUUUUUGGUGUGCUAUCUGCUCUUGGUGGCACAUAAAAAUUAACCAGAAUAUUAAAACAUUUCAAACUAAAUAUUCGAGCGAUAGUCAAACUAAGUUCACUGAAGGAAGAAAAUAGUGCUUUGUGUGUUUGCAUUAGAUAUUUGGCUGGGAACUGUAUCAGAUAAGAUUUUGUAAGUAAAAAAUGCCAAAUUAGUAUUGUCAAAUUGCAAUAGAAACAUAAAAAACUUUAGACAUGAGUUGAACAGGUUAACAAGGAAAAGUAAGAUGUUGACAGUAUGUAGGUUGGGUUGCAGAUUUGGAAAAGGGGGGGGGGUCUUUUGAGCUACAGUGUAGCUACUUUAUCAAUUGGCAAUGUCAGGGCUUUCUAGGAGGAUUUGAGGGAUUGAUCUAAGGAACCUUAGAGUUAGUCGCAUCGUCUUUCGCUUUGGGGUCUUUAAACCUCUUUGCAGCGUCUGGUGAUGUCUUGUGCUGCGUAAAUGCUAAAAAAAAAAUCCAAAUGUGAGGCUUGGGAAAAGUUGUACUAAAGUUUGACUCUCAAGGAGAAAAAGGUAGAAAACGAUUGCCGGGUUUAUUUCAGCAUAUUGUGUUCCUUUACAAUACGUUGUAGAGUUGAUCCUUGAGUAAAGGAGCCCCUACAGGCAGGUUUGGGCUCAGAAAGUUCCUUGCUUCUCAGAUUUCAGCAGGCCGGAAGAAGUCAAAAUCCCAAACAGUAUAUUUCAAAACAAAUUAAAUGAUGAAUCCAAGGUUGGGUAGUUUACCAUUAUUAACACAUUCCAUGGUGAAUGAGAUCAUCUUUAAACAUUCAGUUUGGAACCUGUUCUCAUAACUUUCUGUAGUUGGGGAUUCUUAGUACCUCUAUGCUAAAUAUUGUCAUUUCAAAGUGAGCAUUUUGUAUAGUUGAUUUGGGCCCCUGAAUUAUGUUUUAAUGAAUUUCUACACAUUAGAACCUUGUUUAUAUGAAACAAUAUACACAAAUAAAAGUUUGCCCUGUUUUGAUGCAGUCUUCACUCUAUUGAUUUUGAAACUAAGUUCCCUAUGACUAAUAUUGCAAAUUGGGAGACAUUCCCACCAUAAAUUAAUAACACGUCUUUCCUUGCCAUAUACAUUACAUGGCUCUGGUUGCAUCCCCUGGAAGAACACCACCUGAUACUCCCAUUGGAGGAAACUGAACCAGUUUGUUUUGGUAGUCUAAACCACAGCAUUUGGUAAGAAAUACUGGACUCCCGUUUUCCAGAAUCUUGGUAGGUAAGCCCCCACAUGAAAGUUACCAAAUUGUAAUAUUUAAAAUGAUCAGUUCUUCAAUUCCAAAGUGUUUUUAGUCUUUUUGAGUCUACAUUGUUAUUUAAACAAAGUACUUUGACACUAUUUUCUCGGUCUUCUAUAUAAUUCGCUGGCUUAUAGUGGCUGGGAUAAUAUAAACUGAUCACUAAGGUGGCUUCAGAGUACUUGCUGAUUCGUAUCUUGCUUUGCCAAAGAAGGUACAAGUGGUCUUUUGAGUAUUGUAUAAAUCAGCUCUUGCAACACAUAUUAGAAAAUUACAUUUCCUGAGUUUAAUAUUUCCCUGUUGGGACCAUUUAAUUGGAUUUGCAAGGUGUCUCAGUUUUUCAUAUGUUAAUAACUGGAAAGGUCAGGACUAUAGUUUGCUUGUGGUCAAUAAAACCCAAUUAUAAUCAUUCUAGUUUAUAGAAGUUACUCGAGUAUCUGAUAGCUUGUUUUCUGUGCAAACUGAAGCCUAAACAAUAUAAUAGUGCUAGAUGUUAAUAGUUUGUGUUUUAGUAAAACAUGGUAUCACCUGCUGGAAUAGAGAUGCUUCUGUAUUAAAUAUGCUCUAUUGUGUUGAAUAGCUGUUGAAAAAAACUCAGUGCAUCAUUAACCUUAUUAAAUUCUUUAAUAUCCAGGCUGCUUUGAGAGAUGUCUGCAGUGUUCCACCAGUUUGACUUCAAAAACUAUUUGAUGUAUCAAGCUCUAAAAAUGUAAAGGAAAUUUUGAUGCUUUAGUUUGAUUUUUAUAUUUGAAAAGCAAAAACUUGGUUAAAGGAUCACUGUUCAUUUUUACUGCUAUUUUAAUUAAAAUUAUUGAAAACAA